AUGACCCAGACUCUCAAGCUCGCCUCCAGAAUGUUUCAUCGCGUCCACCGUGCUCCCAAGCUGAGCGCCUCACUGGGUUCCAGAGGCUCCGACUCCGCGCCCAGGAGCUUGGCGGACAUCCCAGGCCCAUCCACGCCCGUCUUCCUUGCUGAACUUUUCUGCAAGGGAGGUCUGUCGCGGCUACACGAGCUGCAGGUGCAGGGCGUCGCGCGCUUCGGUCCCGUGUGGUUGGCCAGCUUCGGGAAGGUGCGCACUGUGUACGUGGCGGCCCCUACACUCAUCGAGCAGCUCUUGCGACAGGAGGGUCCCCGGCCCGAGCGCUGCAGCUUCUCACCCUGGGCAGAGCACCGUCGCCGCCGCCAGCGGGCUUGCGGACUGCUCACCGCGGAAGGCGAAGAAUGGCAGAGGCUCCGCAGCCUCCUGGCCCCGCUGCUCCUCCGGCCUCAAGCUGCCGCCCGCUACGCCGGAACCCUAGACGACGUGGUCCAUGACCUUGUGCGGCGUCUUCGGCGCCAGCGGGGACGCGGCGCUGGGCCGCCCGCUCUGGUUCGGGAUGUAGCAGGAGAGUUUUACAAGUUUGGACUAGAAGGGAUAGCCGCCGUGCUCCUGGGUUCACGCCUGGGCUGCCUGGAGGCCGAAGUGCCUCCAGACACAGAGACCUUCAUCCGCGCGGUGGGAUCGGUAUUUGUGUCCACGCUGCUGACCAUGGCGAUGCCUAGCUGGCUUCACCGCCUCGUGCCCGGACCCUGGGGCCGCCUCUGCCGAGACUGGGACCACAUGUUUGCAUUUGCCCAGCAGCACGUGGAGCGGCGAGAGGCCGAGGUAGCCUUGAGGAGCAAGGGAACGCCUGAGGAGGACGUGGGAUCUGGGGCACACCUGACCUACUUCCUGUUCCGGGAAGAGUUGCCUGCCCCGUCCAUCCUGGGCAAUGUGACAGAGCUGCUACUGGCCGGAGUGGACACAGUAUCCAAUACACUCUCCUGGGCUCUAUAUGAACUCUCUCGGCACCCGGAAGUCCAGACAGCACUCUACUCUGAGAUCACAGCUGCCCUGGGCCCUGGCUCCAAUGCCCAUCCUUCAGCUACUGCUCUAUCCCAGCUGCCCCUGCUGAAGGCGGUGGUCAAGGAAGUGCUAAGACUAUACCCUGUGGUACCUGGAAAUUCCCGUGUCCCAGACAAAGACAUUUGUGUGGGUGACUAUAUUAUCCCCAAAAAUACGCUGGUCACACUGUGUCAUUAUGCCACUUCAAGGGAUCCUGCCCAGUUCCCAGAGCCAAAUUCUUUUCGUCCAGCUCGCUGGCUGGGGGAAGGUCCAGCCCCCCACCCAUUCGCAUCUCUUCCCUUUGGCUUUGGCAAACGCAGCUGCAUGGGGAGACGCCUCGCAGAGCUUGAACUGCAAAUGGCUUUGGCUCAGAUCUUGACCCACUUUGAGGUGCAGCCUGAGCCCGGUGCUGCCCCAGUCAGACCCAUGACCCGGACUGUCCUGGUACCGGAGAGGAGCAUUAACCUACAGUUUGUGGACAGAUAG